AUGCCGAAGCCCAGCCUGCCGAAGAUGCCCGGGCUCCCAACGGUGCCGCGCACGCCGGCGGUCCGGGCGCCGAGCGCGCCGAGGACGACGGAGAAGCCUCCUGUGCCGAACGUGCCCGUGUGGGUUCCGAGCGUCGGCGAGGAGGUGGAGUGGAAUGGCAAGGUCGGGACUGUGCGCUUCGUCGGCAAGGUCAGGUUCGGCGACGGCAACUGGGUCGGGCUGGAGCUGCACGGCGGGGGCGGCAUGCACGACGGCACCGUCCUGGGCACCGAGUACUUCUCCUGCCAGCCGGGCAGCGGCGUGUUCGCGCAGCCCGCGCAGAUCAAGAGCGUGGCCGCCGCGUGA